UGGUCGGGAUUAGUACGAAGAGUAUUCAUUUGCAUAUAUGUUGUGAGCAGCCCCCACAAUUUUGUUUUAUUUUAUUUUUUUGACGUUUCCUUCUCGUGGAAUGCUGGACUUCUUAGGGUUUCUAUUUUUUUCUCUUUGCUUCGUCGUCGUCAUUAUCAUCAAACCCUAAAAUCACAGACUGGAUCGAACAUCAACCAACCAACCAAAUCGAUCGACUUAGCAAUCCUCUACCUCUCUUUUUCGUCGUUGAUCGUCUUCUUGGACCUAAAAUAUCAGAAACAUGAGGCAAACUAGAAAGAACAUUCAAUUUUUUUCCCCUGCUGUAAUCGCUAAAACUGCGUGAGAUCGAGUCAUAGAUCAGCAAAAAUGCAAGACAAUCGAAACUCCAGAUGAAAUCAACACAAAGCUAAAGGAUCCAUGACGAUUUUUCUUUCAGAUGGACGAGAAAACCCCAUUUUUGGACCCUUGAAAGAACCCACGUUUCUUCUCUAAUGUUGGACCCAGAACUUCUGAUUUACUGGACAGAAGGACAAGGCAAGGGGAAUUUUCAGUCUGAUUUGUUUGAUUCAAGGUUUUUUUGAGUUUGGAGCAGAAAUUUCUUUCUGGGUCCCCUUUAAAAUGUUCAAAUCGGUGGUUUAUCAGGGGAAUUCUCCACUUGGGGAAGUAGAGAUUUUCCCCCAGAACCAGGAAAUCGACAUGACGAACAAGGAAUUCAGGAUCUCUCACUUCUCACAACCGAGUGAGAGGUGCCCACCACUGGCAGUCCUUCACACUAUCGCCCCCUGUGGCGUUUGCCUCAAAAUGGAGUCGAAGUCGCAGUCAGGGGACUCUCCGUUGUUUUCUUUGCACUCCUCUUGUCUCAGAGAGAACAAGACUGCUGUUGUGCCCCUGGGAGAGGAGGAGCUCCAUUUGGUGGCCAUGCCAACUAGGAAGAUUGGCGAACAAUGUUUAUGUUUUUGGGGUUUUAAUGUUGCACCAGGACUUUACAAUUCUUGUCUUGUCAUGCUAAAUCUUAGAUGUCUUGGCAUAGUAUUUGAUCUUGAUGAGACACUUGUAGUUGCAAAUACAAUGCGUUCAUUUGAGGACCGAAUUGAUGCCUUACAGCGUAAAAUAAGCACAGAGGUGGACCCACAACGCAUUGCUGGCAUGAUAGCAGAGGUGAAACGGUAUCAAGAUGACAAGAUUAUUUUGAAACAAUAUGCAGAAAAUGAUCAGGUUAUUGAUAAUGGAAAGGUGAUUAAAGUUCAAUCUGAGAUUGUUCCAGCUCUGUCUGACAACCACCAACCAAUUGUUCGUCCACUUAUAAGAUUACAGGAGAGGAACAUCAUUCUGACUCGUAUAAAUCCUGGGAUUCGUGAUACAAGUGUUCUUGUAAGGCUGAGACCUGCAUGGGAGGAUCUCCGUAGCUACUUAACAGCAAGAGGGCGCAAACGAUUUGAGGUUUAUGUAUGCACAAUGGCUGAAAGAGAUUAUGCUCUAGAAAUGUGGAGGCUCCUUGAUCCAGAUUCAAAUUUAAUCAACACAAAAGAACUACUGGAUCGCAUAGUGUGUGUCAAAGCUGGCUCAAGGAAGUCUCUGCUCAAUGUCUUCCAAGUUGGAAUUUGCCAUCCUAAGAUGGCAUUGGUUAUUGAUGAUCGGUUGAAAGUGUGGGAUGAGAAAGAUCAACCUCGGGUGCAUGUUGUUCCUGCAUUUGCUCCAUAUUAUGCUCCCCAGGCUGAAGCAAAUAAUGCUGUCCCAGUUCUCUGUGUUGCAAGAAAUGUUGCAUGCAAUGUUAGAGGUGGAUUUUUCAAGGAGUUUGAUGAAGUUCUUUUACAACGGAUUCCUGAAAUUUUUUAUGAAGAUGAUAUGGCAGGCUUUCCUUCUCCUCCUGAUGUGAGCAACUAUUUAAUUUCAGAGGAUGAUACUUCUGCUUCAAACGGAAACAAAGAUCCACUUUGUUUUGAAGGGAUUACUGACGUUGAGGUUGAAAGGAGAUUAAAGGAUGCAAUUCCAGCUUCUUCUUUGGUCAAUAGUCUGGACCCAAGGCUACCACUUAUCCAGCAUGCAGUGGCAUCUUCAUCAAGCUCUGUUUCACUGCCAACUUCUCAAGGGCCAAUGAUGCCUUUCCCUAAUAAGCAGUUUCCUCAUGUUGCAACAUUGGCUAAGCCAUUAGUUCAAGUAGGCCCACCAGAACUUAGCCUGCAAAGUUCUCCCGCAAGAGAAGAGGGUGAGGUCCCAGAAUCGGAAUUAGAUCCUGAUACAAGGAGGCGGCUUCUUAUUUUGCAACAUGGGCAAGACACAAGAGAACACACCUCAAGUGAGCCUCCAUUUCCAGUUAGACCUCCUCUACAAGUUUCAGUCCCAGCUGUGCAAUCUCAUGGAAGUUGGUUUCCGUCGGAGGAAGAGAUGAGCCCAAGACAACUAAAUCGCACAAUACCCAAGGAAUUUCCUUUAGAACCAGAGGCAGUGCAUUUUGAUAAGCACCGACCUCGUCGUCCACCCUUUUUCCAGGGAUUGGAGAGUUCCAUUCCUUCUGAUAGAUCACUUAACGAAAACCAAAGAUUGGCGAAAGAGGUACAUCAAACAGAUGAUCGGAUGAGAAUAAACCAUUCGGUAUCAGGUCACCGUCCAUUAUCAGGUGAAGAGCUGCCUCUCGGUCGCUCAUCUUCCAGCAAUAGGGAUCUUCAGUUUGAAUCUGGACGUGGGAAUUUGCAGUAUCCAGAAACUCCAGCUGGGGUUGUACAAGAAAUUGCAAUGAAGUGUGGAACCAAGGUGGAAUUCAGGCAUGGUCUGGUUGCUAGUACGGAGUUGCAGUUCUCAUUUGAGGUUUAUUUCAUGGGAGAAAAAGUUGGUGAAGGAAUUGGUAGAACACGGAAAGAAGCCCAGCAUCAGGCUGCUGAGAACUCUAUUAGGAAUUUGGCCAAUAAGUAUCUGUCACAUAUUAAGUCUGAUCCAAACUCUUCGCAUGGGGAUGGGAAUAAGCUUUCUCAUGGAAAUGAGAAUGGGCUUCUGAAUGAUACAAAUUCUUUUGGAUCUCUUCCAUUCUCCAAGGAGGACUCUCUUUCACUUUCAACGUCAUCAGAGUCCUCCAGGUUUGUUGAGACAAGGCUGGAGGGAUCAAAGAAAUCGGUGGGCUCUCUUUCUGCCCUGAAGGAACUAUGCACGGUCGAGGGACUUAAUCUAGCUUUUCAAAUGCCCCCAAUUUCUGCAAAUUCAACACAGAAAGGAGAAAUCUAUGCAGAGGUUGAAGUAGCAGGGCAUGUAUUGGGGAAGGGAAUUGGGUCAUCAUGGGAUGAAGCUAAAAUACAGGCUGCAGAUGAAGCCCUUGGAAAUCUAAAGUUGAUGCUUAGUCAGAAUACUCAGAAACGUCCGGGUUCUCCAAGGUCAUUGCAAGGGAUCUCAAGUAAACGGCUAAAGCCAGAGUUUUCACGAGUUCUGCAGCGGAUACCUUCUUCUGGCAGAUAUCCCAAGAACACCCCUCCUUGAUAACUGUCACACCAUAUUUUGUAUUUUUUUUAUGGUGUAGCAGUUUAUGAAACAUCUGUAUCAUACAUGUUGACAUGAAAGAUGGGGCUCUCCACACUGAGGACCACGAGUUCACCACUAAACAGAGACUUACUAAUUUGGUUCUACGUCUGUUGGGUGGAUCUUAUACUGAACUCACCAAAUUCUUUUGAAGAGCAAAGGGAGGGAUUUAGAUGGUCUAAAUACACUGCAGAGUUAAACCACAGGUCCAAGUUCUAAAUAUGCAGGGGAUCAUAAUCAGUUUAGUUUUGCAGAUGAAGAGGGCUAUAUCAACGGCUGUGGAUUUUUUUUUUUCAUUUUUUCCUCAAAAAGGGCAAUGGCUUCUAGCCAUAGGAUGUGUGAGGAUUUAUGCUGGUUUCCUGCUGUUUUCCUUAUGCAGAUUGGGCCAUCGCUUGGAGUGCAAUGGUCUCCAGAAAAACCUACUUUGGCUUGAGAUUUUUCUCUAACCUGAUUUUGACAUUUGCUCAGAAGUGAAGGAAUAUCAUGUUGACCAAGUGGGUUUUGGCUUCCGGUUGUUACUCUUUUAAGCUUUUAGAGGCUAUUUGGGCUGUGGACGAGCGAGAUCAUGAAAGAGCCAACACCAUUGUUUUGAGACGACUUCCACGUAUGAGAUCCACAGGUUUGGGAAUUUCUCCGAAUUGAUCCAUCGGUUUCACCUUUUGGGGAUCAUCAUCAUUGCCCGCAGAUCACAAGUCACAAGGAUGGAUGUCUCUCAACUCUCUACCACUGAUGAUAUAGUCACCAUUUAUCCUUAUCGGAGGAAAGAAAAUAGCAAUUGUAGUUGGACGACCAUAUUGAAUGGUCUGAAAACCUGAUAUGUUGGACCGAUAGAUAAAAUGGUGAUUGAACCAUUACCAUGCUAAUGUGAAUACUUACUACUGUUCUGCACUUGUGCUCCA